AUGUCUAGCUCCACGGAACCGCAAGUCGAAGAUGCGACACGCGAACCUCCAAGCCCGCCGUCGCCUACGGCCAGCUUCUACGACAUGAGUGACGACGAAGAGGGCGGCUACAGUACGAUCCGGCAUAGCAAGAGUGGGAAGGGCGUCAAGCUGCUGUACACUAAGAGCAAAGUCUACGUCCAUCCUUCCCCCUCAGCCAGAGACAACAUUCCUGGAUAUGUUGCGGUUAUGCAGCAGAAGCCUGCUCGGGAUCUCAUAGCCAGCCCACCCACCAGUCCUGGAAGCAGCAGCAGUGUUGGUAGAAGAGCGGAAAUCAAUAGUUUGUUGCUUGCUUGGGUACCCGAAAAGAGUCUCGGCGAAGCCAAUACCAUCUACACGAAGGUGGAGUCCAACGAUUCUGGCGAGCCUCCGAAGCAGUCACACCUCGUCCCUGCCCCGCCGGUUACCACCUCACAUAGCUCCAGCGUCGGCGCAUACGCGUUUGCUAUACCGGUCACAGAUAUCUUCAGUAUCCUGGUCAGGCCGCCGAAUACAGGGUGGUGGUUUGGAAGCAUCGUGAUCAACACUCGAGCCGGCGACUCCUUCCCUGCGCUGUUCUUCCAUGACUCGGAAUGCCAAAGCACGAUCGAUCAGCGGAAGAAGCUCCAGCGUGAGAACUUUAGCAUUAGCGGGGAGGAUGGGGAGGGCAUGUUCUGGGGUGGCGACGAAGUCAUAAGAUGGCUAAAGAAGUUUGUCACUGUCGAGCGAUCAUCACAGGAGCCAAGUGUCUAUCUUAUCGAGCCUAGUGAGAGUGAUCGGGUGGGCUUUGGUAGUGCUGGAAAGCCAACGCCAGACAAGGUACGAAAUGUUCUUGAAGGCAAGCACAAAGAUGAUCCUGCGCAGCCCAGAAAAGGCAGCGUCAACGAUGGCGAUCCGGUCAUGAAAGCGCUCAAGCAGGCAAGAUGGAGCUUCUUGGAGAAGAUGAGCCAGGUUACGACCUUCACGCGACGAACAGCUCAGGCAGUAGCGGAGAACAAGAAUCUGCCACCACAAGUCAGACGCUUGAUGCAAGAUCCUCAGGUCCAGACGGUCAGCGAUGAGUUCGAUUCGGCGAGAUUGUAUCUUGCGAGAUGGGCAAUGGGCAUUGCUGAGCAGAGCGAACGUGAGCGGAGCCAGCGCAUCUGGACAGCGAAGGAUAUGCUGGAAAUGGAGGAGACAGGUGUCGGUGAGUUCGAGGUUCUGGACAUGGAAGCGCAGGAUUUGAGUCUGAUGGACAAGCGGAAACCGGUCACGGUGGAGGAGUGGAACGGCUACUUCAAUGUGGGCACUGGUGUGCUUGAGAAGACCCCCGACGAGGUGAAGGAUCGUAUCUUCCAUGGUGGUCUUGAUCCAGAUGAUAGUGUGAGGAAAGAGGCAUGGCUGUUUAUCCUUGGCGUAUACGAAUGGACGAGCACGAAGCAGGAGCGGCAUGCGAAAAUGAACAGCUUACGUGACGAGUACAUUCGCCUCAAGGGUGCAUGGUGGGAGCGGAUGUUGGACGAGCAGGGUACGCUUGAAGAGCGCGAAUGGUGGAAGGAGCAGAAGAUGAGGAUAGAAAAGGACGUCCAUCGAACAGAUCGACACAUUCCACUAUUCGCUGGCGAGGACAUUCCUCAUCCAGAUCCGGACUCACCGUUCGCUGAAGCAGGCACAAAUGUCCACCUUGAACAAAUGAAGGACAUGCUUCUCACCUACAACGAAUACAACCGCGAUCUCGGCUACGUCCAAGGAAUGUCCGACCUCCUUGCCCCCAUCUACGCCAUCGAGCAAGACGACGCUGUAGCAUUCUGGGGUUUCGUCAAAUUCAUGGAGCGCAUGGAGCGAAACUUCCUGCGCGAUCAAUCCGGCAUGCGCCUACAACUCGUGACUCUCGACCAACUAUGCCAACUUCUCGACCCGAAGCUCUAUGAUCACUUACAGAAGGUCGACAGCACGAACUUCUUCUUUUUCUUCCGCAUGCUUCUGGUCUGGUUCAAGCGCGAGUUCUCGUUUCCAGAUAUCCUUCGCUUGUACGAGACACUCUGGACUGACUACCUGAGCUCGAAUUUCCAUCUCUUCAUCGCUAUGGCCAUACUGGAGAAACACCGCAACGUCAUCAUAGACCAUUUGAAAGGCUUUGACGAGGUGCUAAAAUAUGUCAACGAGCUAUCCGGCACGAUCGAUCUACCUUCAACACUUAUCAGAGCUGAGGCACUGUUCAGGAGAUUCCAAAGGACGGUGGAGGCGAUAGAUCGGAAGAGCAGCUUUCCGGGUAUGCCUAAGCCUGAAUUAAGGCAGAGAUUACCUGUGCCACCACCAACGAGUCCUGGCGUGGAUGGGAGGCCGAGGAGGGCUAGUCAAGCUGCGACUGGUAGUAGUGCUGGUGCAAGCGCUUCAGGGAGAGCUCCAACGGUAGGCGAUCAUGUCGCGGCUGGUAUUGGGGCGCAGAAGGAGAAGGUGGUGACGCCUGAGUUGAGGGCAUUGCUAAGCAGAGAGGUGCCGAAGCUUGACAAGCAGGAGGUCAAAGACCAUGGAGGUGGAGUGGGGGCAUGA